UCGAUAUUGCAAAGGCACUGAGGGGAGUACACGCCAAACAGUUUGUCAUUACUGGACCUCGACAGCUAUGGAGCAAAUCACGGAUCAGUACUUCUCCAAGUUAGGUUACUGCUCCCUGUACGUGAUGCCAGAGGGUAUGAUGACACUAAUAAACCUAAGCCUGCUCUUCAGGAAAGGCUCCCCGUUGAAAGCAAAGUUUGACCCAGUAAUCAUGCGCCUAAAGGAAACUGGUAUUCUUCAACAUUUAUACAAGAAAGCAGUAGCAAAUGCAACUGAAUGCCUGAAGCCAAUUACCAUAAGUCCUGGAUCAUCAUCACUACGACCACUGGAUCUUAAAGAUUUCUUUGGAGUCUUCAUGAUUUUUGGCGGAGGUAACAUUAUUGCCAUUCAGUACACCAGUAUUAUUUGCAUUGGAAAGUUCAUGGUGUGUAAAACUAUUAGGGGGGUGGCAUAA